CCCUCUCCCAACUUCUUAUUUAAAACCUUCAAUCCACUCCUUAUUGAAGCCAAGCCAAAAGAAGCUCAUCAGUGCUUACACAGACAUUAAUAAUAAUGUCUAACAUCCACACUGCAACAAGCAGCAUGAAAAGGUUGUCAAGUUAUUUGCAUUCCCUAUCCCAAACCCCUCACAGGCUCAGAAAGAGAAUGCUAGCCACUUGGACCCCAGAACAGGAAUUCAACCAAGUGAGGCACAGAUCUGGUGCUGACAUGAAGAGGAAGCUCAAGUGGCAUGAUCUUGUGGCUCUUGGUGUUGGAGGAAUGCUUGGUGUUGGAGUCUUUGUCACUACUGGCUCUGUUGCCCUUCACCACUCUGGUCCUUCAGUCUUCAUUUCCUACAUCAUAGCAGGAAUUUCAGCCCUUCUCUCCUCUUUGUGUUACACUGAAUUUGCUGUUCAAGUACCAGUUGCUGGAGGAGCUUUCAGUUAUUUAAGAUUAACUUUUGGGGAAUUCUUGGGAUAUUUUGCUGGGGCAAAUAUACUAAUGGAGUAUGUGUUCUCAAACGCUGCCGUGGCAAGGAGCUUCACAGAAUAUUUGAGCAUUGCAUUUGGAGAAAAUGAUCCAAAUGUGUGGAGAGUGGAAGUCCCUGGCUUGCCAAAGGAUUAUAACAUGCUGGAUUUUCCAGCAGUGGCUCUCAUUCUUAUUCUCACUCUCUUCUUGUGUCAUAGUACAAAGGAAAGCUCCAUGUUGAACCUCAUUAUGACAGCCUUUCAUAUUAUUUUCUUUGGAUUCAUCAUAAUCGCUGGUUAUUGCAAUGGAAGUGCCAAAAACUUGGUUUCUCCAAAAGGACUAGCUCCUUUUGGUGCUAGAGGUGUUCUUGAUGGAGCAGCAAUAGUCUACUUCAGUUAUAUAGGCUAUGACUCAGCUUCAACCAUGGCUGAGGAGGUUACAGACCCUUUUAAGAGCCUACCCAUUGGAAUUGUGGGUUCAGUUCUUAUAACCACUUUGCUUUAUUGCCUAAUGGCUCUGUCUUUGUGCAUGAUGGUUCCUUACAACAAGAUAUCAGAGAAAGCAUCAUUUUCAAUAGCUUUUCUGAAAAUUGGUUGGAAUUGGGCAAGCAACCUUGUUGGGGCAGGUGCAAGUUUGGGAAUAGUGGCUUCUCUCUUGGUUGCCAUGUUAGGCCAAGCAAGAUACCUUUGUGUUAUAGGAAGGGCACGGCUUGUGCCAUCUUGGUUAGCCAAAGUGCAUCCUUCAACCGGCACACCAUUGAAUGCCACGGUCUUUUUGGGACUUUGCACAGCAACAAUUACACUAUUCACCGAGCUUGACAUUAUAAUUGAGUUGAUUAGCAUCGGCACACUGUUGGUGUUCUACAUGGUAGCCAACGCUCUUAUAUACCGUCGAUAUGUAAUCACUAGCCAUGCCCCACCUACGCACACUCUCGUUUUCCUCUUUCUCCUUUCCCUAAGUGCACUAUGCUUCUCCCUUGCGUGGAAGUUCAAGCAGCAAUGGUGGGUUCUCCUACUUUUUGGCGGGUUUAUGAUCGCCAUCACUGCCUUCUUUCAACACGUGGUACUUACUACGACUACUACUAUUCAUUGGUCCGUGCCAUUCAUGCCAUGGCCACCCGCCAUGUCCAUCUUCCUUAACGUUUUCCUCAUGACAACCCUCAAAAUCCUCUCUUUCCAACGAUUUGCCAUAUGGGCAUGUCUCAUUACAAUCUUCUACGUGCUCUAUGGCGUCCACAACACUUAUGAGGCUGAGGAGACUGAGAAUGAAGUGGAUUCAAGUGUAAACAACUUGCAUACCAAGGUAGAAAUUAUUCAAGUGCACUAAUUGAAGCAAUCAAAUUCAAUUGGGCCAAAAAUAAGAAAAUAAUAUUAUGUAGCUAAGUACAUUUAAUUUAAUUUAAUUUGUGGGAAAGAGACAGAUGGGGAUAUUCUAAAGGAAUGUUGCAAUAUAUUGGUGAUGAACUCUUCAAGCAACAAUGAUUCUUUUUAGUAGUAGUGGGAAACAUUGAAUUGAGUUCAAGUCCAAUCUGGCCGGGCGCAAUCUGCAGUCUUUUGAAUAGUACUACUACUGAAGAAAUCACUUGUUGAAUUGUAUCGAUGUUAUGUCAUUUCGGUAGCACGUCAAAAGUGAAAUGUGGUGGGUCAAAAUCAUGAGGUUGAAUUAGUUUAGCAAUCUCUUCAGUAUCUUUGGAAAAGAUGGGUUGAAUUAAGGACCAAGCUAUAUAUAUGCCAACCUAUAAAAUUCCUUACAUGGGGCAUAAAAGUGUAUAUAUAUCAGCCUUGUAUUCCUCUUAUUAAUUAUUAGUACUAGUAUUAUUGUUGUUGUA